AUGCAGGUGCUGGAGGAGCCAUUCCGCCUUGUCGAAGACGCCCACGAGGGAGUGUUCCGCCAGCCAGCGUUGCUGCGCGUGCUACUUGGACUUGUGCGCGACGUGCGAGCAGCGGCGAACGUCCACGUGACCAAGUGUGACCCGAGCUUGGUGCCUGUAGAGGGCAUGUCUGCGGCUGCAUCUACCUCUGCCAGUGUACAGCAGCACCAGCUCCUCCAGGAUUGCUUGCUGGUGCACGGCAUUCUGAAGCGAUUGCAACCGCUGAGCUCCGAGUCCAGCGACAACGAAGUGGCUGAGGAGAGUCGUGCUCUGCUUUACACCAUCGUCAAUGAGCUGCUGACUGCAGACGCUGAGGUGUCUUCACCGUCGCCCACUCGAUUGUUGCUGGCGAUUCACACGCAGGGCUACGAAGUCACUCUGGUACCAACGUUAGUCGCUCAUGUGCCUGGCAUCGGGCGAGACGAAGAGUGGAUCCGGUCGUACGAAGUGGAGCGUGGCCACUGUGCUUCGUUCGCUGUGUUCACUGAGGUCAAGCUGAACGAGGUGCAGGAGGGAUAUGUGGAGCAAGUCGGCCGACCGAAUGCCGUGGAAGCAGCGGCGUGCUGUGCCACGCUGCUGAAGAUGCCAGGCAUCGUCGGAUGCUACCGAACUAACGGACUCGACCUCCCCGGACGCGAUGUCCGCACUUGUGCAGAGUUUUUACUCCCGCACCCCUACUUCGAGCGCGUUCGCGAGCUGGAGAAGACGCUGCUAGCAAGUCGGAGUAUCACGGAUCCGACUGUACUACGAGCCGUCAGUGUGGAUGAUGUGGCUCGUAUUUUCCAGUACGUUCCAUUUGCUCACGUCCAAGCGGGGAUCGCAAAGGUCUACGCCACCAACUCGGCCAUGCUGGAUCAGCUUGUGAAUGCGCUGCAAGAACAACAAGGUCUGCUGUUACUGAGACGGAAAGGCAUGGGGUUGGAUGAUCCAGACUACCUGUACGUGUUCCGCUGGCUACGACUGGAGCUUGUUGUGCACGCGCUGCCCAAUGCGGGCGAGUCGCUCUUCCGAUUGUACCUCGCUACGUGCUCUGGCAGGGUCGGAGAUCUACCGGACGAGAAGGCAUUGGGAGAGUACGAGAAGAACGACAAUUGGCGCAAGGCGCGGAAGCUACGACGCGCCAGCAUGAACGCGUCAGACUUUGACAUAGAGAUCGAAGAAGACACGACCGACGGGCGGCCUAUGUCCCAGUCGUCAACGGCAGCGUCGAUCGAGCGCUUCCAGAUGCUCGGGAAAAAUAGCGGUGGUAAGAGCAAGAAGGACAGGUACCAGAAGAUCAACAGCGUCGCGGUGCCUCGAGCAAUUUCGGGGCUUAUCACCUCGUGGCGCAUGAACACGGAUCAGCUCAUUCAGUUCGCAAAGAAGUCCUUGACGAAUGUCCUCAAGAUCAUCGCGGAUGCAUAUAGCGAGAUGCUGAGUGCAACAAAGCGCAAGAAUCAACAGCAACGAGUGCCGUACGCCACACCGCGUGGCAGCGGGCGGACGCUCUCGCUCUCACAGAUCGUGUACCAGUCUUUCCGCCACAGCUACGGACUACCGGGGAUCGCCGACAUGCAUCUGCUAGCCUUCUCCUGUGCGAUAGAGACCUAUCGAACUCAGCAUCUGCGUGUGGAGCAGUUUGUCCAGUUCUGCUUCGAAGAAGUCCCCAAGUCGGAGCUGACGAACUACUUGGAGUUUCUCGAGUCACCAGCAGAGGCGACGAGUGGCGAGCAAGUGCUGAACGUUGACCAUUUACUGCAACUGGUGAUCGCCGAGUGGCGAAUGGAGCAGGUUCGACGCGAGCGCCACUUGCUGGACGCCUUCCGUGCUGGAGAUGUGAACGGUGACGGACAGUUGACGUCGGCCGAGUUCACCCAGAUCGUGUUGUCUAUCGACGCCUCCCAGGAUCUGGGCGACAUUCUGCUGAUGUACAGCGAUACACUGCGACGUACUCAAUGUGACCAGCUCAAUGCUGAAGUAUUUUUACAAGUUGCGCGUGAGCAUGAACUGGAUUGGGUGAUGUGGCAAGGUGAUGGAGAUUUGUAUGGCGUCGUGAACGAGGUGACAGACAUGGAAGCGACGUGGGCCCACGUCCGAGGGUUCUUCGUCGGAACACUGGAAGCGCUGGCUCGGGAUCUUCCGCCUACACAUUUCCUGCGUAUCUGUGAAGGUGCUGGAUAUGGCUGCUUGAAAUGCCUCCUGGAUGGAUACAUCGACUUCCCGAAGAUGAGGCGCGAGUUUGCACUCGCUCAGCAGCAACAGAAGCACUCCGGGGACUUGGGUCGACGCAAUUCGUACGUCGGUGUAUCCUCUCAGCUUGUGUGGGCGAGGUUUUGGCAUCUUAUGCGGCAAUUACACGACGCCGCUCCGAGGUCGAACACCCGCCGACGCGACUCACUGCCGAACUUCCUCUUCCCGGACACUGCGCGCAUCACGGCCAAGAUGAGCGCGGCUCACCACCCAGAAGCUUUCGACGCUCCGACGAUCCACGCCCAGUUCGCGUAUUAA